AAAAGGAACACUGUGAUUCCAAACAUUGCUGCUUUGCCUUUGAAGCUGGAAACCAGUUACCAAACGGAGUUUGGCGUGCUUCUCUGAGUGCCAUCUGGGAGGAGCUCUCCAUUAUAUAAACCCCAACAGAUUUAGAAGCAGAGAAACAGGACUGGGCUCCAUUUAGGAACUGAGUAUCUACUGCUGAGCAGACAGGAGGAGGUCACCCACCAGACAGCCAACAUGUUUAAACUCGAUUUUACAGAGGAAGCAGCAAAGAUAGGCAACACUGCCCAGGAUGCAGUUAAUUCAGCAGGCCAGGCUGUGCAGCAUGUUCUGGAUCAGGUGACAGAAGCUGGUCAGAAAGCUAUUGACACCACCUGCAAAACCACACAAGAUACCGGCGAAAAGGCGAUACAAAAUGUAACAAGCCAGAUAACAGCGUGGGGCAAAAGCUUUGGCGAGAGCGAAGAAAAGAAGAACGCUUCAUCCUAAAGGGGCUGGUCUUCCCGGGGGGUUGCCAUUUGCAUUUGAACGAUAAAAACUAUCUUUUUAUGCCUUGGAAAUGAUUUUAAGAUGGUUAAAGUACAUCUGAUAGG